AUGAUCCAUCACCUUUGGUCUCUCCGCCUGCGCGCGCUCUCCCCCAAACUCUCCACCGACGCCUCCACCGCCCCAGAACCCCACUCCCAGCUCUUCUCCUCGCAGUUCUUCUCCUCCCAGUCCUCAGCCGCGACCUCCGACCCCGACGCCCCGCACCCCCGCCAGCGAAAAGCCCGCCACGACUACAGCACCGCCAGCACGCCCCGCCUCAUCGACACCCUCGCCCUCCUCUACCUCGCCAUGCUGAUCCUACGGCUGCCCCCUAGCCUCGCGGACCUGCUCCGCUGGGCCAACAGCGGCGCGCUGGCCUACUACCGCGCCAUCCGCGCCGUGCCGCGAGAGAUGCGCCACGCGCUCCCGGUGCAGUAUGCACAUGCCCUCGACCCGGAUGCGCUGCUGCGGCCGGACGCGCUGCGGAUGGCGGUGCAGAGGCUCGUAGGGGCCUAUCGCCGGGAUUUUGGUCUCGAGGUGCCGGGGGUUAAUGUGCCGUUGGUGCUGUGGCGGUAUGUGGGGGAGCUGGGGAUGCCGUUGGAUGUGUAUCCUGCGGCAAGGAGGGUGGGCGGGUUGGUGGAAUGGAGUUUCGGCUUCCCUGGUGCGGCUGUGGAGAUGGGGAAGAGGAGGAGGGUCGCGGAUAGUCCUGAAGUGCAGUUGAUGGCGUGUGUAGUUGUGGCUGUGAAGAUGCUGUUUCCGUUCCAUGAGGGGGAGGGAGGACAGAAGGUCCAGACGGAUGGGAAGACGGGGCUUGUGAGGGUAGAUUGGGAUGAGUGGGAGAGCGCGCAGGCAGAGUAUGAGGAGGCGCUUGAGAGGCCGAGGAGGCUGGGGUUCGAGGAUGCGAUGAGAGCUAGUGAGGAAGACGUGUUCGGCAUGACGGACGUGCAGAUGGACGACUACCUUGAUUGGUACGAGGAUACGUGGGUAGAGCAAGAAGAAUCGGCGAAAGCAAAGGGCGCCCAUUCCACUACUUCAGGACGCCCCGCAAGAGACGAAGCCGACAGGAAAAACGCACACGCACAGAAGCUCAAUGCCGUACAGGGUGCCAUGAAGCCCAGGCAGCAGGCCUCGGAGCCGCGAAAGCAGCGCAACUACAGACUAUACCGCACAGCGGAGGAGCUUGCGCACGACGCGAGAGCGAAGAGGUUCUAUGAUGUCGCGGCUACUGUGGCCGGUCUGUCACUUGAGACGCUAGUGAAAGGGGUCUAUCUGACGGAGUCGAAGCUCUUCCAGAAGAUGCGAGAUGAGAAGCGGAGAAGGGUAGAAGAAGACUUGGAGGAGGGAUAA